UUGAUGGAAAACUACACCUAUAAUAGACUCACACUGCAGCUGGAGGGGCUGAGUGUUUCAAAGGAGUCUAUCUACCCUGUCUUUCUCUUUUUCUUCUUUGCCUAUAUCUUAAUAAUGUUUCUGAAUUCAGGGAUUAUAUUUUUGGUUUUCAUUGACAAGGACCUGCACCAUCCUAUGUAUCUCCUUUUUUGCAACCUGCCAGUCAAUGACAUUAUUGGAAACUCUAUCAUGUUGCCACGUUUGCUUUCAGAUAUUUUGCAGUCUCCCUCUGAGCUCAUCAUUAGUUACUAUGAAUGUGUGGUUCAAGCUUUUACUACACACAUGUUUGGUACUGCUGCUCACACUGUUCUCAUGAUUAUGGCUUUUGACAGAUAUGUGGCUAUCUGCAAUCCCCUGCGCUAUGCUGCCAUAAUGACCAACAAGAUGGUGAUGAAGCUGACAGUUUCUGCCUGGGGAGUGGCCUUUGUUUUGGUUGGCAUUCUUCUCGGUCUGACCAUACGGCUGAACCGAUGCAGGACUAUGAUCAUGAAUCCUUACUGUGACAAUCCCUCCUUGUUUAAACUUUCUUGUGAGAGUGUGUUUAUUAAUAACGUCUAUGGCCUCACAUUUACUGUGGUCUUGCUCACGUCCUCUAUAGGCAGCAUAGUUCUUACUUACACUAAGAUUACAGUAGUCUGUCUGACCAGUAAAAACAAGUCUUUGAACAGUAAAGCCUUGAAGACCUGCAGCACUCACCUAGUUGUGUAUCUAAUCAUGUUGCUCAGUGGAUUUAUUGUAAUCAUCCUGCAUCGCUUCCCCCAAUAUUCAGACUACAGGAAACUUUCUGCCAUUUUGUUUCACAUCGUCCCUGGCAGCCUGAACCCAAUUAUUUAUGGUGUGCAGUCUGCUGAAAUUUGCAAAUCUAUGUCAAAAUUAUUCAGACUCAAACCAGUAAUGCCAUCAUUCUGA